AGUGUGCGGCGGUGGCUUCAACAUGCCACAGUCCUUUGUGCUGGAGCAACGUGUCAUGUUCAUGCACUGAGGUGUAAGUUGGUUGUACUACGGCCAUAGUUACCGCUAAGGUAACUAUGGAAAGGUUUUGCCCAGAAGUUCCCAACGUGGUACCUACAAAAAGCCUAAAAUAAUUAAAAAGGGGUUUGUUCUAUAAAUAUAUUUUUACCGAGUUGAAUUUAUGUGCAGCGGAAACACGAUGCUCAGAGUCAGAGAGACAUGUUUAUGACGAUGAUACCUUCCAUUGUUUUACAUGAACAUGGGGCCGUAGCAUUGCCAUUUGCAUUCUCCCAGGUGUGACUGCACUUGAGUGGCCAGUGGACUGGACGGGUGCAUGAGGAGCAUAAUGGUUUGCAUAUCAAUCUCCCGAUUAGAGAACACCCUGUGGAGUGGCUGCAUUCGCCUGCGAGUUGAGCCAUCGUACCCUACGGUUAGACACAAAGGAACUCACCAAGUAGUUAACAGAGGAAGCUACAAAUACAGUCCUGAGGAGCAUCAGAACAUUUUGUUUUUUUCCCUGGAGGCCACUCCUGCCUAUUUCUUUGAAAGUACACCGACGUGCUGCGACUCUGACUCAACGGUCCGCCGGGCGACACCAGUGGAGCAAAAAAAAUGUUAUCUUGGACGCAGGCGGUCCUCGUGUGGCUCGCCACGGUGAGCGGAGGGGUGCUGGGUACGGUGGAACAGGAGCUGUCCCCGGAGUGCAGGAGGUUCCUGUACAAGGGGACCCCGCCGACGGGCCUGGAGCGCCGCUCCCUGAGGAACAUAUGCCAGCGGUACAACCGGAAGGCUCGCUACCUGACGCUGUACGACACGGAGGGACGCAUCCCCGUCUACUCCGCCUACACCUUCAAGCGCUCCGAGGGCAACAGCCAAAACGACGUCCCGUGGAUGUACGAGCCGCAGCUCUCGUUGCUCACCGAAACCGGGGAGAUGCAGCCCUUCCCGCGCAGAUACACGCCCAUGAACUUCGAGGACGCCCAGGCGGUGCUGGAGGACUACACCAACGCCAUCCUGUACGAGCGGGGCACCCUUAACCCCAACGCGCACCAGGCGCAGCCCGACGACAAGGCGGCCACCUACACCCUGACCAACGUGGUGCCCCAGACCUGGGAGUUCAGCGCGCAGGCCUGGAAGCCCCAGGAGCAGGUGAUCCGGAAGCGGCUGAACAACUACUGCCACGGCACGGCCUACGUGGUGACGGGGGUGAUCACGUCAGGGAGGAUGAUCCGCCGGCAGAAUAUCAACCGAGUGGCGGUGCCCGCGUACAUGUGGUCGGCGUACUGCUGCGUCGACUAUGACCGCAACGCGCCGUUCAACGAGCGCUAUCGCUUCCCCGUGUUCGGCCACUACGGGAUCAACGACCGGGAGGGCGGCGAGGUGGUGGAGCUCUCCGUCCAGAAGCUGGAGGAGUUCAUCAAGAAGACAACCUUUGUGGAGAAGAACUUUCAGAUCUUCACGGACGGCUGCGUCGCACCUGCUAUACAGUUGGCGGAAAAUUAAAGGGCGUGCUAUCUUUCAACAAUGUCGCCUUUAGUGAUUUGAUUGUAAAAUACCGUUUGAACGUAUUUGGUGGCCUUCAAACUCCUGAAAAUGCUCGACAACUGGACGUUAAUAAAUAUUCUCUUCUGGCUGUUUUGAAAA